AUGUUACGUGCAAUGAUUCUAAGCUUUGUUGGUAAAUCUGGUGAUCAAGAUAUUAUCAAUGAAGCAAAGAAAUGUUUUGAUCGUCAUAUUGCUGGAGAUUUGAUUGAUCCAAAUAUUCGUGAAGCUGUGUAUGCUGUUGUUUCACGUUAUGGUGAUGAAAAUACACAAGAAGAACUUCGUAAAUUAUAUACUGUAGCAGAUAUGACAGAAGAAAAAGUUCGAUUACUUUCUGCAAUGGGUCAAUCACUUAAACCCGAAAUUAUUGUUAAUACGCUAAAAUUUACAUUUGAAGGUGAUAAUGUUCGUAUGCAAGAUUCAUUUUAUGGUCUUAUUGGCUGUACAUCAAGUCGUGAUGGUCGAGAUUUAGUUUGGAAAUUUAUACAGAAAAACAGGAAAAUACUUGCUGAACGCUUUGGUGAAAAGAGUAGUUAUCUUGUUCGCUUUGUUGAGAUGGGUUUAUCUAAUUUUGCUGAUGAAAAAAUUGCAGAUGAAAUCAAAUCAUUUUUUGAUUCUAUGAAUACACCAAUUAUUACACGACCAGUUAAAAAAGUUCUCGAAACAAUUCAUAUGCAUUCAGAAGUUCUAAAACGUGAUUCAAAAGCAAUUGAAGAAUUUUUAAAACAACAACAACAAUAA